ACACUCGACCAGGUCCAACAUUAUAAAUAACUCGUAUAUUCGUUCAGUAUAGUUCUGCCUAUAUUAAUACCUACUAGAGCUAAAAAACCGCAAAAAACAGAUUCGCACACAAUGGUCGACGUUUCUUCUGACGAAGUAAGAAAUUCUAGUUCAGAAACAUCGCAGGAUGCCGAAAGACAGAUGACGGUUGCGAUAAACGAACCGACCAAUGACAUUAAUGACAGUUUUUUAGGGGAAAAAAUCAAGGAGAGGGUACCACCUGGAUUAAAUGGAUCAUUGGUUUUUUUAUACGCUAUAUUCUUUUCCGAGUUUGCCAUUGGCUGGGUGAACCUAAACAGGUGUUCUGUGAACAGGCUGAUUCCUAUCUAUCUAAUAGUGGCAGGAUUUCUUGGAGCUGCAGCUAAACAUAUCAGCAGAUACAGACAGAAUCAGUAUUGCUUUUGGGCUAUGUCGUUUUUAAUUUUAGUUAACGUUGCCGUACAUUGUUUAGGAACUUACAUUGUUUAUAAAGAGUACCAACCAAACUAUGAUCCAAGAAACGGGCUAUACUGUAACAGAACAACGUAUUUAGUAGCAUUUUGGAUACUCACCAUCGAGUACACUCUAAUGGUACUGUUUGUGUUCCUGUCAAUCUGUUUUUUAUUGAUGAGAAAUGCCUUUCAUAAAAAUACAUAAUUUUUUAUUCAAAAACGUUGACAAAAAAGAAAGGCAUUUUAACGCCUAAGCAUAAAAGUACGAGAAAAAAAAGUGUCAAAUUCAACGAG